AACGUAAAACCACGGGUUUUACAUCUUUUCCUAAUUUGUCCCACAGGUUCAUAUAUUUGUAAUGUUGAGGAACAUUUGAUGGCAGUGACACAAAACAAAAGACCGGCAGCGUGCAAGAAUGAAAAGAAGAUGUGCAGUCUUACACUGGUUAAGAUGCAAGUUCUAUGUGUUUGCUGUGUCCUUGUUUGUCGUGCUGAAGCUGGCAUACAUAAAGAUUUCAAUGGACAACAGUAUUUACAUCGAACCUUAUGACGCUACACGUAGAUCACCCAGAGCUCAGCCUCUGAAUGGCAUUAACUGCACAGCCAUUUAUGAACUGGAACCAGUGGAAAUUGGCAAAUCUUUGGAGUUGAGACGCAAAAACAUAGUGGAAGUCGAUGAUGGGAGUAUUGCUUCUUUCACUGCAGACUGCAAAAACUACAUUGAACAAAGGGGCUAUAAUGAGGUUGUUGUAACAGAUGAGGAAUGCAGCUUUCCAAUUGCUUACUCUUUAGUGGUGCACAAGAACAGUGCUAUGGUGGAAAGGAUUCUUCGAGCCAUCUACACACCUCACAAUAUUUACUGCAUUCAUUACGACCAGAAGUCCUCGAAAAAAUUCAUUGCAGCAAUGAAGAACUUGGAGAAGUGCUUUCCAAAUGUCUUCAUAGCCUCUAAAAUCGAGUCCGUUCAGUAUGCACACGUUACGAGACUUAACGCAGAUCUCAACUGCCUUUCCGACCUGCUGAGUUCAGAGGUCAAAUGGAAGUAUGUUAUCAAUUUGUGCGGCCAAGACUUUCCGCUCAAGUCCAAUUAUGAGCUGGUAACCGAGCUCAGGAAACUGAACGGUGCGAACAUGCUCGAAUCAAGCAGGCCCAGCGAAAUGAAAAAGAUGCGUUUUCAGUUUCAGUACGAAUUGAAAGAUGUAUCAUACGAAUACCAUAAAAUGCCAGUUAAGACAUCCAUUGCUAAAGACCCACCACCGCAUGACAUCGAGAUGUUCGUUGGGAGUGCUUACUUUGUCUUGACACGUGAUUUUGUGUCUUAUAUCAUGACCAACCAAGUGGCAAAGGAUUUCCUGCAGUGGACAGCCGACACAUAUUCUCCUGAUGAGCACUUUUGGGCAACCAUGGCCAGAGUGCCUGGAGUUCCUGGAGCGAUCGGAAGAUCUGAGCCUGAUGUGAGUGACUUAAAGAGCAGGACACGUUUGGUUAAAUGGAACUACCUUGAAGGCCGUUUGUAUCCACAAUGCACCGGCACACAUAGACGCAGUGUUUGCAUCUAUGGUGCGGCUGAGCUCCGGUGGCUUCUGGAGGACGGCCACUGGUUUGCAAACAAGUUUGAUCCCAAAGUUGACCCUGUCAUUAUUAAAUGCCUUGAAGAGAAACUUGAGGAGAAGCAGCAUCAACAAUGCCUGAAAAGAGUGUCUUAAAAAGGCCUUUCAUGUUUUGGUUGAAAUAUGUAUGUUUGCUGCUGCACUUACGUUCAUUCAAAGCACAAAGCUGUAUUUGCGAGCCAUUUAAAUUUCAACAUGUUGCCGUCCACUAUAUGCUAGGUCAGUAUGGUAAUGAGUUUGUUUUCAGCUUCUGCUUUACAGCUCGACCCAAAGAUGUACUGAUAGGUGCUUAAGCUAUCAAAAUAUUUAUAUAUUUAAAAUUAUUUGAACCAACCGUCUUUUUCAUUCUAUUUUUUACUGAAUCAAUCUAUGUGGGAAUUUUCACAGGGCUUUAAUAUUUCUCACUUUAUAAGUAUGACAUUCGUAGUUUUAAAUAGGUCAUCUCAAAACAAUGCCUGUAUCAGUGGGUAAUGCUGUGUCAUUUUAAAAUAUUUAUUGGCAAUCUCUAUUGUACUUUCAAUAUUGACUGUCUCAAAUAAAACUAAAAAGCUCUUGUUCUUGA